GUUAGGGUUCUCAGUUGGGUCCCGGGCCGGUUCGUUUAUACGGUUCUCUUGUAGUUAUCGUGAACAGUUCACACAGAUCGCUGGACGAUGCGAGCUGUCGCGAUUUUCGUCGGUGAAUAUGUCCUUCGUUAAAUCGUAACGUUCUUAUUUAUUCAAUUGGACGAUCGUGGACGAAACGUUGAGACGAUAUAUCUCGCGAUUUUUCUUGAAGGAUUUAUUUACCGUCGAGGGAGAGAGAGAGAGAGAAAAAGAAAACGAACAAAUAACUAAAUAAUUAAAUAAAUAAAUAAAUAAAUAAAUAAAAAAAGAAAUAUGGCGUCGUUGAAGUUACUGGUAGCAGGUGCUAGCGCUGUAGGAACUGGCGCAUUAACAUCUUAUUUAUUCUUAUCCGAUUCAACGGUACAUGCCGAAAAGCCAAAACCAGUUAAGAGACCACUGCCAACUAGAGAAAAUCAAGUAGCGACUUUGAAAUCUCAAGAUUAUGAUGUUCUUAUCAUUGGAGGUGGUGCAACUGGCGCAGGAUGUGCUCUGGACGCUUGCACAAGAGGUUUAAAAACGGCAUUAGUGGAAGCGGACGACUUUGCCUCCGGCACUUCCUCCAGGAGUACGAAAUUGAUUCAUGGAGGUGUCCGUUAUUUGCAAAAAGCUAUAAUGCAAAUAGACAUAGAACAAUAUAAAAUGGUUAAAGAAGCUUUACAUGAACGUGCAUCGAUGUUACAGAGCGCACCUCAUCUCGCUCAUCCUUUACCUAUCAUGUUACCUGUUUAUACAUGGUGGCAAAUUCCCUAUUAUUGGUUUGGUAUAAAAAUGUACGACAUAGUAGCAGGCAGUAAAACUGUUAAGUCGUCAUAUUAUCUUAGCAAAUCGAACGCUCUCGAACUUUUCCCUAUGUUGAAGGGUGAUAAACUGACAGGGGCUAUCGUUUAUUACGAUGGUCAACAAGACGACGCUAGGAUGAACUUAGCGAUUGCUUUGACAGCCUCCAGACACGGAGCAACGGUUGUUAAUCACGUUAAAGUCGUUAAUUUGUUAAAAGGUCUCGAUAGAGAUGGUAACAGGGUACUUACAGGAGCUCGUUUGAAGGACGAACUCACAGGAGAAGAAUGGGAUGUAAAAGCAAGGGCUAUAAUAAACGCAACAGGACCUUUUACGGACCAUAUUAGAAAGAUGGAUGACCAAAAUGUGAAAGAAAUUUGUGCUCCUUCGUCUGGAGUCCACAUUGUUUUGCCAGGCUAUUACAGUCCCGACCAGAUGGGUCUCCUCGAUCCUGCAACUAGCGACGGUCGUGUUAUUUUCUUUUUGCCAUGGCAAAAGCAAACAAUCGCAGGUACAACCGACCUACCCUGCGAAGUAACGCACAAUCCACGUCCGACCGAAGACGAAAUUAUGUUCAUUUUACAAGAAGUUAAGAACUACCUCAAUCCUGACGUUGAAGUACGUCGUGGUGAUGUCUUAUCAGCUUGGAGCGGUAUCAGGCCAUUGGUAUCCGAUCCGAACAAACCGAAUACACAAUCGUUAGCUAGAAAUCACAUAGUGCACGUUAGUCCUACGAAACUUAUUACAAUAGCUGGCGGAAAAUGGACAACAUAUCGUGCUAUGGCCCAAGAAACAAUUGAUGCAGCCAUCAAAGCCUGCGAUUUAAGUCCCGAAAGAGAAUGCCAGACUGACGGAUUUCUCUUAGAAGGAGCACAUGGUUGGACUCCUACGAUGUAUAUUAGAUUAGUACAAGAUUUUGGAUUAGAAUGUGAAACCGCACAACAUCUUUCCAAAAGUUAUGGAGAUCGCGCAUUUGCAGUUGCAAAAAUGGCAUCCCUUACUGGCAAGCGUUGGCCUAUCAUUGGUAAAAAAAUCCAUCCAGAGUUUCCAUAUAUUGAUGCUGAGAUCCGUUAUGGCGUACGUGAAUACGCUCGAACUGCAAUCGAUAUGAUCGCUCGACGACUCAGACUUGCCUUUCUUAAUGUACAAGCUGCCCAGGAAGCACUUCCAGGAAUUAUAGAUAUUAUGGCUGAAGAGCUUCAUUGGUCAGCCGAAGAAAAAAAGAAACAACAACGUGAGGCUAGCGAAUUUCUUUCGAAUGAGAUGGGACAAAUGGUGAAUCGCGCUUCCAGGGACAAAAUACCCAUUAAUCUUACAAAAGACGAAAUCCAAUUAUAUAUCAAACGUUUUACUAUUAUCGAUAAGGACAACAAAGGAUACGUGUCGAUUAAUGACAUCAGGAGAGGACUCAAGCUUUUUGGUGACAAGGAUGUACCAGGCGAAGAACUUCACGAAAUACUCCGCGAAAUCGACACUAAUAUGAACGGUCAAGUUGAAUUGGAUGAGUACCUUCAGAUGAUGUCAGCUAUAAAAUCUGGACAUGUGGCAUACUCUCGUUUUGCACGAAUGGCCGAGAUGGAGCAAGAACAACACGAAAAAGAAAUGUUGAAGAAACAAAUUAGCGUUGAAAGAUCCGGUGGAGGACUGUGAAGAAAUUUCUGUCCAACAGAAAUUACUAUCUUCCUCUAUUUCCGUAUAGCAUACUAAAAAAAUUGCAAUAAACUAUUUAUUAUAGUAUGUUACAAAACUCGAGGCUGCACACUUAAGAAAAACUAUUACAAAUACUCUGAACGGUUUUUAUUAUCUGCAGUUUGAACAAUUCUAGUUCAGAGAUUUGAAGAUUUGUUAUAUUGCACUUUAACAGCAAGUAUAUAUAUAUAUAUAUAUAUAUUGCUGUACAUAUGUAAAAUAUAUGGAAUAUGUGAAAACUAAAAUGUGAAAUGAAAACAUCUUUAAUGUAUAUAGAAAAGUUAUAAGAAUAUGCAAAAUGCAGUAUGGUUAUCGCUCUGAAAGAUUUUAUAAUAUAAUUAUUGAAUAAUUAUACUGCAGAUAAUUAUAAUAUCAAAUACACAUAAUGAUCAAAGUAUCUUUUAAGAAAUUCAUGUACUUGCUAUGAAGCUAUUAAGUCUUGUAAAGGCAUAAAUACAUUAAAAAUACGUAUCAUUAAAUCGCACAUAUUAUCAUAAAAAUAAAAAAAGAAGAAACAUUACAUAAAAAUAUAUCGCAUACAAUAGUCAACGGUUUUCUCGAGUGUAUUUUAGCAGAAUUAUAUUACGUAUUAGAAUUCAAACGAGAUUGCUUUUAUUUGUAAAUUGUUAGACCAAAAUGUUAAACGUACGAUGUAUGAAUUACAAAAUUGAUAAAAGAGAUCUAUUUAUUAAGAAACUUUUAUUGUUAUUCAUGAAAAGUAUUUAUUAAUUUAUUUCAUGCUACUAUCGCGUACCAUUAAAUUAAUAAACAGUAUAAACAAAUAGUACUUUCACGUAUCAUUUCUUUCAAUCAAGAUGAUUACACUGUAAUUUAAAACUAUUGUGAAAUAAGAUUAAUGAUUAUUUUCACUAUGAGAAAAAAAUAAAAAAACUGUGCAUUAUUUAUUUAUUUAAU